AUAUGAAACAUAACUAUCUGAUCACUAGAUCACAUAUGUAUUUAAUUUUUGUCUGACCAUUUGGCUACAUUUUUUCAGGAUGUUCUGCAAACAAUGUUGCCAUCGUUAGAUACGAUAUCGUACAAGCUCUUUAAUGUUUAUGAAUAUUCUUCAAAAAGGACUAGAGUUUCGGAGUCUAGAUGCGUAAAUUAUAUAAUAUUUUGUCAAGAUCCUGAGAUCACGGCAACUAAGUUUGGCAACGCGAUUGAUAGCAGAGUAUUCAUAGUGACAAUUGGAUCCAAAUGGCAAAUACAAGAAUUUUUCAAAAGCCCAGCAUCCCAAAAUAUUAUGAACUUAUUGAUUGCUUCCGCCGGACCAGCCUUACAGGAAAAAAACAAAAAUAUUAAGAGCCGUUCUUAUCAUGUCCUAACCGGAGUUAAGGCUAACCGGCAGAAUUCUAUCGGUAACACAAAAGAAAUUCUGCCAGAAGUAGCUGAUAUCAAAUUAUAUACACAUGAAAUGUACAUAGAUGGCUUAGGAAGUAGCGCCCAAACAAUUUUAACCACGUGGAAACUGAAUAAAUUUACGAGACCGGAGGUUGACUUGUACCCGGUCAAAUUAGUUAAUGGAUUUCGGGGACAUCGAUUUAUUUUGUCUGCCAUUGAAAACCCGCCAUUAGUAUUUCGGAGCGUCGACAAAGUUUUAACUCAAGAACAAUCCACGUCGUGGGACGGGGUCGAAAUUCGAUUGUUACAAAUAAUCUCGCGAGUAUUGAAUUUUACAUUGGGAAUACACGAUGCAACUUUUUCAAAAUCCAGAAUGCUUAUUUUUUUUUUCAUUAGAGGCGAAGGUGACGAUCGGAUCAUUGGAGAUCUAGUGGCCUCCAAAGCUGAUAUCGGAAUUUCAGGUUUAUACAUGACCAACGCUCGUUAUUCGUUGGUCGAUUUUUCUCCUGUUAUUUUGCAAGAUUGUGGGACAUUCGUAUCUUUGGGAUCAUUUGCUCUGUCCAAGUAUAGGGCGAUAUUCGGUCCAUUUCACUGGAGCAUUUGGGUUAUGGUGGUGAUCACUUAUAUGGUGGCUAUAUUUCCCAUAGCGUUCACAAAUAACCGUAAUGUGGGAACGCUGUGCAAGAGUCCCAAACAGCUGGAAAGCAUGUGCUGUUAUAUGUUCGGGACAUACACAAAUCUGUUCACAUUUAAAGACGUCAAGUCUUGGACCAAUACCAAAAUGGGAUCAACCAGACUCUUUAUUGGAACGUAUUGGAUUUUUACGAUUAUUAUUACGACGGCCUACACUAGUUCGAUAAUAGCAUUCAUAACAUUACCAGAACAACCGGUGAUAGUGGAUAAAUCAUACCAAUUGGUCGAUCAAGGCUACAGAGUAAUGACAUUAGAUAAGGGUGGUUGGCAACAUUAUUUAAAUAUUACCAAUGAUACAAUGUCUAGAAGGUUAUUGUCGAAUAUAAAGCUUAUGAAGAAUUUAGAUGAUGCAAUAGAUUACAUUGUCAGAACCAGGUUUAUAUUAGACUAUGCAUUUCUGGGUUCUAAAAUUUCACUCACCUAUUUAUCCCAAAACAACUUCAUUCAAAAGUAUGUACCUAUAAAAAUAUUCCUUCACGUUGCUUCAGAGUGUUAUGUUCCAUUUAAUAUUGGUAUAGCCUAUAAAAAAAAUUUUGUAUUUCGUAACAUAUUUAGCAACUUCAUACUCCGAGCACAACAGAGUGGUUUAGUUACCAAAAUAAUUAAAGAUAUUGAAUGGGAAAUCACACAAAAGUCUGGACCAAACUUAAUAAUUGCUCCUGAAGACCGUCAACUUGCAUUGGAUGAUGUCCAAGGCAUGUUUGUACUAUUAGGCGGAGGCAUAUUUCUGGCUGCUUUCACAUUGUCAAUUGAAUUUGUGAAAUGCAAAAGAGAAAAUAGAAAAAUUGCACAAAUCAAAAUUGAAAAGCAUUUGAAGAAAAAAAAGCGCUCUAAAUCCUUAACUGUCAGGGGAAAUACUACAGCUGAACCAUUUAGACCAUUAACUGCGUUUUAAAAUUACUUGUAACUAUACAUUAAUGCUAACAUGAGUAA